UGGGCGGCCUGAGAGCCGCGGCUGGGCUGGACCCGAGCGGGUGAGGCUGGCUCCGGGUUAGGGAAGCCAGUGGGUCGCGGGACCACUCGAGUGGAGGGGCGAGCCCAGGGGCUGGCAAGAGGUACCCUCGGGGCGCCCUGGCUGGAUCACAGACCCCCGUGGACGGACUGCACUGCAUCUCCGCAAGUGACCCGGCCGGAGGGAGCGAAGACAAAGAGGCCGGAACCCUGCAGCCCUCGGAGUCCCUGGCCAGUCCGCGCUGGUUCUCAGGAGACCCACUGCCACUGUCCCUCGGACUCCCAUGUCCACAACUCACCUUGACUGUCCCCAAACCCACCGGCCAUCGCUCCAGGAACCCAACCAACUCCUCCCGAUGCGCGAGCUUUCGCGUCACCAGCUCCCAAACCCUUGCUGAGCGGUCACUUCGUCUGAGGGGAAAACAAAGGCCCGAAAUUCAGCACUUGAUUUUUGUCCUGGUGGGAAUUGAUAGUUCAGAGUCCAAGGGGGCGGGGCGGACGCAGCAGGCCUCGGGAAAGGGGCCGCGGAGGUUCGGGGGAGAUCGGCUGCGACCCGCUGGAUAGAGGCUUUGUGUUGCCUUCAUUAGGUUGGUGACUUGUCUUUAGACCCUCCUGAGCUCCAGGUGUCCCAUAUGGCUCGAACUUACUGUGCGACACUGAGCGCGGGAGUUAAGUGGGAUCAGAUUUGGGGGAGGUGGGAGACCAGGAGAUCGUACUUUGCAUUCUCUGCAGCUUCCCUGGGACUGCCCUAGAAGUCGCCCAGAAAUGCCGCUUUUGAAAGGUCAUUCUUUCUCAUUGUUGGCUUGCUGCCCUGAAGAUGGUCUACCUCAGAUGGCCGCCUGGAGCAUAUGGGAAGCCAGGCCAGCUCUGGCAAGACUGUAAACAUAUGAAUAUAUUCGAAUCUCUGAUAGUGCCAUCUCUCUCUGCUCUAGGAAGAAACUCCUCUUACACAGAGCGAGAGACUCACCUGCAGGGGAUACUCCCAAGGACAUGGGAAGAUAGGUGUAAGCCUGGAACCCAGAUCCUUGAGUAGAGAGAAGCUGCUUUCUGCUGUGAAUGAUGGCUAGACCCACUCUGAGAGGGAAUGGCUCUAACUCUGAAACCUUCCGACAGCGCUUCAGGAGAUUCCAUUACCAGGAGGUGGCUGGGCCCCGGGAGGCUUUCACUCAACUCUGGGAACUUUGCUGUCGGUGGCUAAGGCCCGAGGUGCGCACCAAGGAGCAGAUUGUAGAAUUGUUGGUGCUAGAGCAAUUCCUGACUGUCUUACCUGGGGAGAUCCAAAAUUGGGUACAGGAGCAGUGUCCAGAAAACGGAGAGGAGGCAGUAACUCUGGUGGAAGAUUUAGAAAGAGAGCCUGGAAGACCUGGACAUUCGGUCCCAGUCUCUGUGAAGGGGCAGGAAGUGCGCUCGGAGAAGAUGACACCCCUGAAAUCAUCACCAGAGUUAUUAAGUGUUCAGCAAGAGUCAGUGGAACCUCAACCCAGGGGUGUAUCCAAGAAGAGGGCAAGAAGCCCAGACCUGGGACCACAGGAGCCAAAGGAGAAGCUCAGACCUUUUCAAAGGAGCGGAUUUCCAUUUCCUAAAUCCGGUGUGGUCUCCAGGUUGGAGCAAGGAGAGACAUGGAUCCCAGAUCUUCUGGGCUCCAAGGAGAAGGAAGUCCCAGGAGGCAGCCACCCAGGAAGCAGACGAGCUCAUGCUGAUCUGUUACCACCCAAGAGAGAGCAAAGAAGCUGGCUGGAACAGGAUCACUGGGGUUUUGAGGAUGAGAAGGUGGCAGGAGUGCACUGGGGCUAUGAAGAGACCAGAACUCUCCUUGCAAUUCUCAGCCAGACUGAGUUUUAUGAGGCGCUCCGAAACUGUCAUCGAAACAGCCAAGUGUAUGGGGCUGUGGCUGAGAGGCUCCGGGAGUACGGUUUCCUCCGCACCUUGGAACAGUGUCGAACCAAAUUCAAAGGUCUUCAGAAAAGCUAUCGGAAAGUCAAGAGUGGUCAUCCACCCGAGACCUGCCCCUUCCUUGAAGAGAUGGAAGCCCUGAUGAGUGCCCAGGUCAUUGCCCUGCCCAUUAAUGGCCUGAAAGAGGCAGCCUCUCAUUCUGGCUUGGUAGGAAGUGAUGCUGAAACUGAGGAGCCAGGGCAAGGAGUCUGGCAGCAUGAGGGAACAGAAGAGGCUGUGGCUGAGGAGUCUGAAGGUGACGAAAUGGACCUGGAGGUCAGCACUCAGGACCCUAACAACUCAACUGCACCUGUCUUGUUCCGAAGCCCAAGUGGUGUUCACUGGGGCUAUGAAGAGACCAAGACUUACCUUGCAAUUCUUAGUGAGACUCAAUUUUACGAAGCCCUCCGGAACUGUCACCGUAACAGCCAGUUAUAUGGAGCAGUAGCUAAGAGGUUAUGGAAAUAUGGCUUUCUAAGGACUCCAGAGCAGUGUCGAACCAAAUUUAAAAGCCUACAGAACAGCUAUCGCAAAGUCAAGAAUGGCCAAGCACCAGAGACCUGCCCCUUUUUUGAAGAGAUGGAUGCCUUGGUAAGUGCUCGGGUUGCUGCCCCAUCCAGUGAUGGCCUGGAAGAGGAGGCAGCUUCUUGCUCUACUCAGGAAGCCAGUGAGGCUGAAGUUGAGAAACAAGCUGAGGAUACAGAAGAGUCCUCAGAGGGAGAUUCUGAUGAUGAUGAAGAAGAUACUGAGAUACCCCCAGGAUCUGUUAUAACCCGUGCUCCAGUCUUAUUCCAGAGCCCCAGUGGUUUUGAGGCUGGAUUUAACAAUAAAGAGAAUCCAAAACGAGAUAUUUCUGAGGAAGUACAACUGCACAGGACAUUACUUGCAAGGUCUGAAAGGAAAAUUCCCCGUCAUCGUCAUCAAGGUAAAGGUAGUGAAAGUGAAUCAGAAAGACAGUGGGAAAAAACUCCAGGGGGAAAAAGAGGAAAACUGACAUUCCCAGAGAAGAGUUUAGGUAAAGUCCUAAGUCAUCAGAGACCAUGCUUGGGAGAGAGAUCAUAUAAAUAUCUCAGAUGUGGCAAAAGCUUUGGCUCCAAAUCCCAUCUCAUGCAUCAGAUAUCCCACCAAGUAGAAAAUCCAUAUAAAUGUGCCGACUGUGGGAAAAGCUUCAAUCGGAGUGCACGCCUCAUUAGACACCGGAGAAUCCACACUGGAGAGAAGCCUUAUAAGUGUCUUGACUGUGGGAAAAGUUUCCGUGACAGUUCAAAUUUCAUCACCCAUCGGAGAAUCCACACAGGAGAGAAACCUUAUCAGUGCGGUGAGUGUGGAAAACGCUUCAAUCAGAGCUCAAGCCUUAUAAUUCACCAGAGAACCCACACAGGAGAAAAGCCCUAUCAAUGUGAAGAGUGUGGAAAAAGCUUCAAUAACAGUUCUCAUUUCAGUGCACAUCGGCGGAUUCACACAGGAGAGAGGCCCCAUGUGUGUUCUGAUUGUGGAAAGAGUUUCAGUAAGAGUUCAGACUUACGUAUACAUCACAGAACACAUACAGGAGAGAAACCUUAUGGAUGUCAUGACUGUGGCAAGUGCUUCACUAAAAGCUCUGCCCUUAAUAAACACCGAGAAAUCCAUACACGAGAAAAGCUUCUGUCACAGUCAGCACCUAAGCAAGCCCCUGAGAAUCUGUAAAGGAAAGAGCCUCAAUAAAUGUAUUGUUUGGAAGGUCUUCCAGUAGUGAGAUCCCUGUCCUAAUCUGGUUUAGGAAGCACUCCUUAGGAUUUAUGCCAUUGUUUGCUCCUUAUGUUUCUCCUGUAUCUAGUGUCAAUUUGUAGUCAUUUUACAAAUGAGAUUUCAGUCCCUCUCCUUGCCUGUAUCUGAACUGAUGGAUAGCAUCUUUUUCCUAUUAGUGCCUAUGUUGUUUCCUUAACAGAGAGGACAUGAUAGAUGGACAAAGGACAUUCAUAGAUCCUAUGAAUUUGAUAUAUAUCCUUUUCUCAUCCUGUCAUUUAGCUCCAUUUCAACUGGAAAAACCCAUCAGCAGCAUUUCAGGGAGAAAUUGUGUGACUGUGCUCACUAAGUGGGUCUAGCUUUUCUUUAUACAAUAAUGGAAAUACUGGAAAGAGUGACCACUUAAGCCUUUCCUCAGAAUGAUGUGUUUGUCAGGGAUAGUCUUAAAAAAGUUUAAUGAUCACCUUAGUUCUGCCCUAUGAAUCAUCUUAUCAAGAACCAGGUGUUCUAUACAGGGAAACAACAUAAACCUUGUAGAAACACUGGAUCUCUUAGUUUCCUCCAAGUCCUAGAAGAAUUGAAAUAGAAUACUGCAUUUACAGGAUCUAGUUUGAUUUUCUUUCUUUCCCAUCAUCUGAAUUUCAUUUGUCCCUUGUGGACUAGAAACUCAAAGUGCAAGCCAGGUGGAUGUAACAGGGAAAGAAGAUAAACCUGCCAAUUUGGAAUCCUCCAUACUCCAAAUAUCUAGAAUAGUAUUAUGUACCCUAUGGGUGCUCGAUACCAAUCUGCAAUGAGCGGAACCACUGCCAUGUUCCCUGUAUGGGGAAAACAGACCACUUUUUCCCUAAUGGCAGGGAAGAUGGGAAUAUGUUUGGUCA